UUGAUAAUCAAAGUGCUUAAAACACUAAAAGUUUUUUUUUAAAUCUCCAAAUAAAAAAAUAAAAAUAAAUCACAAUGAAAGUAUUGGCUGUCGUUUUGUUAAUUGCCACAAUUGUUGUCGCUGAACAAUUGGCUGAGCAACAGGAACAAGUACAGGGCGAAAGCAAGGUACAAAAACGUGGCAUCUACAGCGGUGCCUUGGGCUACGGAGGUCUCGGAUAUGGCGGUUUGGGAUAUUCUGGACUUGGAUACCACGGACUUGGAUAUUCGGGACUCGGUUAUUCAGGACUUGGAUAUGGAGGUCUUGGAUAUCGUGGAUUAGGAUAUGGACUCGGAGGACACAGUGCAGUUGCAACAGGGAGUUACGGAUAUCCCGGAUAUGGAGGCUAUUACGGUGGAUUAGGAUACCGUGGAGGUCUUUAUGGAGGAUAUGGCGGAUAUUACCAUUAAAUUCUUCCUACAAACGCGUUCCGCGUAACUUCAAGAUGUUCUCUUGCGUUAGAGAUAGUUUUACUCUUUCACAUUUUUUUUUGCAAAUAAGCGAAACAGCCCAUCCUAAGAUAAAUAGCAUCUAUAGUUUUUAAGCAAACUGUUUUUUUUAAAUAUUUUCUGUAUAAAUUGAAAGCUCUCAUACUUUA